AAAUAAAGAAAAAGAGAUGAACUAUAUAUAUAGAUGUGUGAACAUUCUAUAUAGAACCCAAUAAAAUCCUAGGAUGAAAGAGAGUGUCUAGAAAAAGACAAGUUAUAUCACACCAAAAGUGAUUGGCUUAUUGACAGAUAAAUGAUGUUUCUUGCGGACACAUCCCUUCUAAAAUAACGGGCACACACCUCAUUCCCCACGCAUUCCAUCCCCUCUAUUGCCAGCUUGCUAUUUUGUAUUUCUAUAAAUCACUUCUUCUCCUAUGUUCAUCUUGUGAACAAAUGGAUCCUUGUCCUUUCCUUCGAAUCACUAUCGCAAACUUAGCGGUAAUGCUUCCAGCUAAUCGGAAUCUUCCUUCGUGUGUGUUUCUUGAUUGUAACAUUAAGCUUAAAGGUUUUCCAACACAAGUUUCAACCAUCAACGCGUUUCCUAAACAAGACCUUGUUAUAGAGAACAAAAUCCAUGCCUCUUUCAAUUUGAACAAAACCGACAUUGAAAAAAUAAUUGCUAGAGGAAAAACAUGUUGUUUGAAGAUUGAAAUUUGUGCAACGAAGAGUAUGGGAAUUGGUUUUGGAUAUUAUACUGGGGGGAGGAUUUUGGGGAGUGUGUUUGUUGAAUUGGAUUUGAAGGGUUUUGAACGUAAAGGUAGUAGAGGAGUUGUGAUUAAGAAUGGAUGGGUUUUGGUUGGUGUAGCAAAAGUGCAUCUGAAUGUGAAAGUUCAACCCGACCCAAGAUUUAUUUUCCAAUUUGAUGGCGAACCGGAGUGUAGUCCACUGGUUUUUCAAGUUAAUGGUAAUGUGAAACAACCUGUUUUCACUUGCAACUUCAGUUUCAAGAACCCUGGUGAUUGGAAUUCGAUAUCAAGAUCUUCGCUAUCAGAAGGAAGCACAUCAAUAGGCUGCUUUAACUGUUGGACAACUGGUAAUGCAAUACGGAGAAAAGAGCGAAAGGGAUGGUUAGUGACAAUCCAUGACCUCUCAGGCUCACCAAUUGCUGCAGCAUCCAUGGUGACCCCAUUUGUCCCAUCACAAGGUUCAAAUAGGGUGAACGGAUCAAACCCUGGAUCCUGGCUCAUCCUCCGUCCAGAUCAGGGUACAUGGAAGCCAUGGGGACGCCUACAAGCAUGGCUAGAGAAUAGUGGUGAACUUGGUUAUUGCUUUGAAAUCAUCCCUGAUGGUGCCAAUGAUACUAUAAAAUUGGUCAAUUCAACCAUCAACACUAAGAAUGGUGGGAAAUUUAACAUAGAUAUCACAAAUGUUUCUAUCCCAACAAUGGCUAGUGCAAACAACAGCUUUGAUUUCUCCUCAGUCUCUGGGUCUUGGUCAGAUUUUGGAUCAUCUGGAUAUUUGGGACAGAUUUUGCACCGUGGAUUUGUGAUGUCAUCCACAGUGAAGGGUGAUGGAAAAUGUAGUAAGCCGGAGGUGAUUGUAGGGGCGCAGCACGUGAGCUGCUCGGAGGAUGCUGCAGUUUUUGUUGCAUUGGCAGCUGCUUUAGAUCUUAGUAUGGAUGCUUGUCGGCCUUUCUCUCAGACUCUCCGAAAAGAGUUGAGGCAGUCGGAUCAAGUAUGAAACACAAACAGGUUCGAUAGCCUCAUUCUGGGAAGUGGAUAUGAGUUAUGCGCUUUCAUUGAAGCUUUUAGCUUCUUUAUCCUUUUUCCAUACUUUCCUUUCUAUAUUGAAUGUACAGUUAUUGGAAGUAUUUAUGUAUUUGUUGUUGAUUUCAUAUAGCACUAAUGAAUUUUGAUGUAGUGAUGAAGUUUUUGUUAAGAAAUGAAAUUUGGGAUCGAUAAUCUAAUGUUGGUUGAUUUUCAUUCCUUCUUGUUUGUAAGAAUGAAAAGUUGUUUAGUCUCUAA